GUGAAGAAGACACCCCCUCGUCCCCUCUCACUGCCCUGAGGAGCAAGAAAAUCUGGGGAUAAGAUUAAAAAAUGAGAGAACAUGUUCCGAUGAAGGGACACUCCCACCAGUAGUCUGCGCUGGGGCACAAAAGUGGCAGUUAAGGAGGGGUGUUGGAACCUAGCCUUACAUUCUGAAGGCUCCUCUGUUGACGUGGCUGCCACAGGAUGAGACUUCGAGCAACUCUGAAAGCUGAACGAACAGUUGCAACAGAGGAAGCAAGGUCGGGGUUGCAACAGUACAAGAAUGGCUUGAGGAGAUGUUUGUCCAGGCUGUAAUGGGAAAGAGGCUACAAAGUUAGGAAGGUAGGAAGAACCGGCACGACUGUAGGUUUUAAGAAGACGGGUCAAACAUUAAUGUUCUCAUAGCAUGAACAAACACAUCACUGAUCACAGUUAGGUUAGUUUGGUAAAGGGGGAGAAUUAAAAGAAAACACCUAACAUGAGAAACUCUUUUAAUACGAUAUAGAGAUAUGUUGUGAUUUAAAGUCCCGACCAAGAGGCUUGUGAAUACAGCAUUCAGGAAGCUGAGAAGACUAGCUUGGGCUACAUAGCAAGACCUUGUAUAAGAAAAGAGAUUAAUUUACAUUCAUCUCAAACAGACCGUUGGUGUAAUAUAUGGAAAGAUACUACACCUAGAUCUAUCUGAAAGAGCAAGUAGUUCAGAUGCCAUAAAGGCGAGUUAUUUUGACACACACACAACUUGUUUGUCAAAGCCCUCAGAGAACGGCUGCUCACUUGGGGACACUUAGGAACUUCCGGACUACAUUUCCCAGAAGGUACGCCGUCCUGCUCCUCCUCAACCUCCCAUGAGUCUCUGGGCUCAGAACUCAGCCUCCGCCGCUGGGGGCAGGGUAAUGCCGGAGUGCCGAAUUACGUACUUCCUCCUGGGGUUCGGAGGCCGAACCCUUGUAUGGCGGGUUCGAGUCCCGCCCCCUGACUCUGUGCUCUAGACCCUGAGUCUGGGGCGGGGUGCAUUCGGCCGGGUUACCUCUCCUCGCCGAGGGGCGACGGCACACCUCGGGCUUCACCAUGGAGGACUACCUGCAGGAUUGUCGAGCCGCUCUGCAGGAGUCCAGGCCUCUACAUGUUGUGCUGGGAAAUGAAGCUUGUGACUUAGACUCCAUGGUGUCUGCUCUUGCCCUGGCUUUUUACCUAACAAAGACAUCGGAGUCAGGAGAAAUCUUUAUACCAGUUUUAAACAUAAAUCGUUCUGAGCUUCCUCUACGCGGGGACAAUGUCUUCUUCCUCCAGAAGGUUCGGAUUCCAGAGCCUGUGCUGAUUUUCCGGGAUGAGAUCGACCUCCACGCAUUGCACCAGGCUGGCCAGCUCACCCUUACCCUUGUUGACCAUCACGUCUUACCCAAAAGUGAUGCCGCUCUGGAGGAGGCAGUAGCAGAGGUGCUGGACCAUCGACCAAUUGAGCAGAAAUACUGUCCUCCCUGUCAUGUUUCAGUUGAGCAUGUGGGGUCCUGUGCUACCCUGGUGGCAGAGAGAAUCCUACAGGGGGCGCCAGAGAUCUUGGACAGACAAACUGCCUUCCUACUGUAUGGUACCAUCAUCCUGGACUGUGUCAACAUGGAUGCCAAAGUUGGAAAGGCAACUCUGAAGGACAGCAAAUACGUAGAAAAGCUGGAGGCCCUCUUCCCAGAUCUUCCUCAGAGAGAAGACAUCUUUGAUUCUCUGCAAAAGGCAAAGUUUGACGUCUCAGGCCUGACCACUGAGCAGAUGCUCAGAAAGGACCAGAAGACCGUCUGCAGACAAGACACCAAAGUGGCCAUCAGUGCUGUCUACAUGGAUUUGGAGGCCUUUCUGCAGCGGCUGGACCUCCUGGAAGAUCUCAGUGCUUUCUGCCAUGAGCACAGCUAUGAUGCCCUCGUUGCCAUGACUAUCUUUUUCAACACUCACAAUGAACCAGUACGGCAAUUAGCUGUUUUCUGCCCCCACUCGGCACUUCGAAUGACAAUCUGUGGGGUCCUGGAACAGUCCACCUCCCCACCCCUGAAGCUGACCCCUAUUCCAAGCAUCUCUCCUGACCUCCAAGCCUAUCUUCAAGGCAACACCCAGGUCUCUCGGAAGAAGCUUCUGCCUGUGCUCCAGGAAGCCCUGUCAGCAUAUUUUGACUCAACAAAGAUGCCUUCAGGGCAGCUUGGGGUAGUGGGUAUGUCCAGGGAGCAGGGAGACAAGGAAUUGGACAGGGCAGGUAGCUCCAUUUUCGGACUGAGUCAAGACGAAGAGGACCCUCCGCUGCCCCCCACACCCAUGAACAGCUUGGUGGACGAGUGCCCUCUGGAUCAGGGGCUACCUAAGCUUUCUGCAGAGGCUGUCUUUGAGAAGUGCAGUCAGAUCUCACUGUCCCAGUCUACCAGAGCCUGCCCAUCAAAUAAGUGACCGUGGGGCGGGGAAGUGUGGAGGGGGUGAGUGCCCACCUCAAAUGCAUGUUUUGAGAUGUUUGACCAUUUCAGCAACUGUGUCUAUUGCUCCAGGAUCUGGUGUAUUGUUCUCAUAAAACUGGGAGGGAAAGGAAGCAGCUGCUGUAAGAAUGGCUUUCUGCCUCUCCGAUCCGGUCUCUACCAGUCAGACAAGUUUUAUUUAAUGUUAUUGUUUAAUCUGCACUGAUUUCCCUUGUUCUGUUUGUGAUGGGUAUGGUGUGAUAAUCACUGUCCUAGCAGAGCAGGACUAAAGGAAUGUAGACCAGAUCUGUGUCUUCAGAAGGACUGUGAGCAGAGUCAGUGUCUGUUAUAAAACCAGUUAACUACUUGUCUACAUGAAUUCUUUUGUCUUGAACACAUGGCUGGACUUCUUAUUUCUUUGGCUCCUUCUGUCCUAGAGUCACAGGAAGACUGACGAGACCCUGAGGAUCUGAGGUUCUUGGGUUCAAGUAGCACCCAGAACGGCUGUAGUACCCCUCAUAGGCAUUUUUUGCCAGAGGGCAGAUCUUGAUUGGGCCAUGGACAUCCCCAGCCUCAGUGGGUCUGGCAGGUUGUCUUUUCUGGUUUUGUUCAUGUUAAAGAAAGCAUAGUGUCUUCUAGUGAGGCAUUUCACUGUUCUAGGUCUCAUUUUUCCCAUCUGUAAAUGAGGGUUAGGAGUAGAUGUUCCCUGGUAUUCUGUGACCUGCCUCUUCCAGUCAUCCUUUCCCUCCUCUGCUUCUUUGUAUUUUUCCUUUUGUCUUCCCUGGGAGUGCUCAGGGUCACUGGAUUGUGUGUGUUUAUGUGUGAUUGUACCAAGGGAUUUAGCCUCAUGUAGCAUGUACAGGGAUAUACGGUGACCCAGCAGGGAGCUUUUUCCCAGUGACUUGUCUGCAUGUGUAGUCUCCCCCUACCCCCCUCUUAUCCCAUAUAAGUUGGAAACUAUCAACAGACUAUAGGGUGUGUGGUGGUUUGGGGCAGUCUGACUUCACUUUAGGGUAGCUGUUGGGAACAUGAAAUAUUGGUGCGAUCACUGAACCAAAGGGAUUAUGUCCUGUGACUUCGGUACUUGGUUUUGCAUUUUUGUUUUGUAUUAAACUUUAUUCCUGUUUGA